UAAGCACUAAAUGGGAAAUGGCUAUUCUCAUGUUGUACAUUUCACAACUGUUUCCUGAUUAGAGGCAUUGUGUUGGUAGAACUUCUUCUCCGUGACUUGACUUUCUUUCUCCUCAGUGCCAAAGGGAUAUGUAUAUAUUUGAUUACCUUUAGGAUGGUGCAGGCUCAACUCUUCUCUCUCUUCUCUGUCAUUACAGGCACCUUCUCACAAUCAUGGUCCAUGACAGUUCCCCCUGUAGUGAACAGCACCAUAGGAGGAGAUGUGGUCCUACCCUGCUCCUUCACCCACCCCAAGCAACAAGACUACUCCAAAGGCAUCACAGUUCAGUGGAUCACCAGACAAUUCCAUGAUACGCCCUUCUUCCAAUGCAAGGUGAAAAAUGUUACUACGGGUGGAAUGAAUGAAUGCUCAGUUCCAGAGUCAUACCAACGCUUCUCAGUCAAAGGAGAUCCUAAGCAGAGGGAUCUCUCUCUCCUCAUCAGAGAUCUGGCGGUCACAGACAAUGGAGUUUACUUCUGCAGAGUAGAGCUGGACUAUUACUGGGCUGAUGGGAAGUGGCAGACUGCCAGCGGCACACAGCUCAAUAUCAUUGCUAAGGCCCAGAUUCUCAGCCUGUCUUGGGUAGAGGCGUCCCUCGGACCAGGCAACGGGAGCCUCAGGUGUGUAGUUGAGGGGAACCCCCCAUCCACCAUCACCUGGUUCUCCUCCUCUAAGGGCAACAUAGACCCAGGUGUCAGCACCAUAGGAACCCACCCAUUUCAGUGGACAAGUUCAAUCCCCUACUUCACCCAGGAAGUGUACACCUGCAGGGCAGAGAACAGCCUGGGGAGGGCAGAGAGACGGUUCCCCCCUGGACCCACUGCGCUGACCGUAGCCCUCUCUGUGUGUGGGGUCCUGCUUCUGCUGCUGCUCCUUGGCGUGGCUUUAUUUUACCUGAGAAAAAGAGGAUACCUGAGAUUCUGCAAUUCAGAAAAGAUUAAGCAGCAAUCUGAGUUGUGCACAGAUCCUGCUAUAGCUAUGGUCAGUGAAUCCUCUAUCUACGCCAAUGUCUCAGAAAUGGAAAGCCCACAGUCAUUGUAUAAACAUAAUUCACCAGAAGAUGGCGACAUGGAGCUACUAAAUCUGGUAUACUCAGACGUUCAUCUGAACACCACCACUCAAUCACCCCAAAGAAGCUCUCGUGUCCCCAUACCAGAUGAAGGUGUCCACUAUGCUAUUGUGAAGCUGGGGUGAACUGCCGAGGCGCAGCAGAGAGAAUGCAACUCUGGAGAAGAACUCCAGCGCGGUCAUUCGCCUCAACCACCACAGAACCAGCUGAUGCUAUCUGGGCAAAACUUCAGUGUAUCUCUGGUUGAGUGUGGUCAUCCACCAGCUCUGCAAGGAACUCUGUCAUCGAACUACUGAAGGGUUUUCUCAUAUUUGUAAGGGGUGCGUACUGGCGGCAGAGAAGUCAGACGCAGGAGAGCAAGAACUGUGUUUCCAAACGGCGCAGUUUAUUUUUUUUUAAACGACCGGAAAACAGAACAAUCAAAUAAUGGGUACAUAACCCGACUCACACCAGGACAGCCGUGCACAAGCACAUACAAUAAGCAAUCUGACAAGGACAUGAGGGGGAACAGAGGGUUAAAUACACAACAUGUAAUUGAUGGGAUUGGAACCAGGUGUGAUGGAAGACGAGACGAAACGAAAGGAAAAUGAAAAGAGUGUCGUCGGUGACUUCGACCGCCGACCGAACAUGAAGAGGGACCAACUUCAGCGGAAGUCGUGACAAUAUUGGUGUAGAAUAAUCAUAAUAAUACAUAGUAUUUAUAUAGCAUUUUUCAAGGACGCAAAGUCGCUUGGGUCCAUGUCCAUGUUCUUACCAUGUGGUGCAUCACUAAACGAAACUAAACGUCCAUGUAGAACCACGAAGCAGAAAGAGUGUGGUGCAUUUGUAUAUGUAAAUGUAUUGGUUUCCUUUGGCUGCAGUGUUUCUGGUGUUCUCAAAGUGUCACGGAGGAUCUAGUUCCUCUGGACCACAUGCAGAGAGUAACUCACUCAGGUUCUUAAGUUUGUACAGCUGAUGCAUAAAACUGUUUGGCUCGCCAUGGUAAUGUCCUUUUAGGGUGUGGUUUGGGUCCCAUAUCUGGCUUCACUUGCUUAUGUAGAGACGAGGCCUACUGGUAUGCACAGCCAGAGUGUGUGUGCGCGCCUUUAUGUGGUAAGGUUUUCUAAGCACUCUUUCCCAUUCUGCUCUGUCGCAGUCCCGGGAAGUGGUGACAGAGAAGAGCAUCCUGCCCUCGUCUCCAUGGUAACAGCUGUUUAUGGAUGGGGGGUGACAGAAACAAAACCCUACUGCUGCAAAGCAUCGAAAUAUGGAAAACUCCUUCCUGAUGGGCUUCAGUCUUAUUUCAUCGCUAUCCAUGUUGUUAUGUAGCUUGAUUGACAUGGGCCUAAUUACAUUUACAUUUACAUUU